CCACUGCUGGCUUGGAAGAAGGACCCAGUGCGAGAUUUCUGACCAGAUUGUAAACCGGUCGCUGAUCAGACAACCCUGGCGCAAAAGCCCACGUCUUCCAGCACCGGGAUGCUCAAGGCCAGCACGUCGCUCUCGGACAAAGAUGGGGACACAAGUGUGUCAGGUGAGAUGCCAGCUGUCCCCAUGGUCCUCGGGGCCAACGACAAGGACGGAAUCCCUGGAGACCAAUUUAGGGAAUUGAAGGAAGCCUCCGAAGACGAAGGCGAGCUCCGGUGUCCGGACGGCUCAGAUCUAAUGGCAGGUGAAAGGGAAGACGCCUCAUUAUUUCCUCCUGCAGCCAAAAGACUAAAAAGAAAUACCAAAACAGAGAAGGAGACAAAAGAGAAAGUGGAUGAAGAGGAGGUUCAAAGGAUGAAAAUCCUGCUGUCGUCUUUGAGCGAGGAGCAGCAGAAUCGUUAUGAAAUGUACCGCCGGUCAGCUUUCCGGCAAGAAACCAUGAGAAGUCUGAUCCAGACCAUAGCGGGCAGGUCGGUGUCCCAGAACGUGGUCAUUGCCAUGUCCGGAAUGGCCAAGGUCUUCGUCGGGGAGGUGGUAGAAGAGGCCCUGGACGUGUGCGAGAGUUGGGGGGAAACCCCCCCACUCCAACCGAAGCAUCUGAGGGAGGCUGUUCGGAGGUUGAACUGCAAGGGGCAAAUUCCCAACGUCAAGGGCAAGAAGAUCCUAUUCUUCUAGGCCAAAGUCAGGAAGGGCCUGUUGGUGAAGGAACGAGUACUGGUUGCAGACUUUCUAUGGCCUGAGACCAUGCCAUGCCCCUUCUGUAUGUCAGGCCACCAUGGAUUUACCCAGGAUUUUAACGUCUUUCUGAAAACUCUGAUAUUGAUUCCACGUAGAAAAGGCCAGCAGCCUGUUUAAUACUGGCCUUGACUUAAUAUCCUGACCUCUUAGGGCCUGUUGAGCAUUUCCCUCUUUCUGGUGGUUAGAGGAAGAAAGGCACAGGGCCCUGGGAUCCUCUGGUCUGGAAACUACUUUGAAAGAGAAAAAAACCCUUCCAAGGGAGCUGUGAUGGUCUCACACUGAAGCUGGAAGUUGCCAUGAGCAAGGCUGUUUCUUACACGUGGUUUAGGAAGUUGAAACAACCAGAAAUUUUUCACUUGUGAUCCUUUACCCUGAAGAAUAUGGGGAUAACAGCAGAAGUGAAGUAGUUUGGCUUUGUCAAUAUUUAAGGUUAUUUUGGCUUUUAUUUGUGUGAUCAUUAAACUGUUUUCCAAUUUGCAAAAAUAAAAAUAAAAUCAUAAAUCCUUUUUGUCUCUAAAAUGGCUACAGAUGGUCCCAGACUUAGAAUGGUUCGACUUAGAUUUUUUGACUUUACAAGGGUGCGAAAGUGAUAUGCUUUCAGUAAAAACUAUACUUCAAAUUUUGA